ACCAGCUGUUUUUGGCGCCAUUACAUUAGAUAUAAAUACGCAUCGUUUUCGCAUUUAUCAUUCUUUCAAUUUUCUUUGCUGCUUUCUCCUAUUGGCAUACAUCAAUAUGACACGACUGCUUCCUAUUUGCUUGUUGUCUUUGAUUGCAUUAGCAACUGUUAUGGGUGCAGCUGAGAUCGAGUGUAAUGGAUGUUUAAUGGAAGGUAAAUGCUACCGUUUCGGAGAAAGUUGGAAGGAAAAGACGGAAAUUAUGUGUAACGUGAAAAGAUGCAUUCGUUUAAAUAAAAAUCAAUGGAAAGUAACCGUAAAGAAAGUGUUUUGUCGGCGGAAUGAUGACAAAUGUGUUGGGAACGGUAGAACGUGGCCACUCUUAAAAGACGGUGAAUGCUGGAUUCGCAGGUGCAAAAUUUGGGAAGAUAAUCGCGUUGAAAUCACAUCAAAAUUAGGGGACAUUUGUUACGUAAAAAAAUUAUACUGAUCGAUCUAAACCUGAAACAAAAAUCGAAAGCAAAACGAAAAUCAGUUUGCUAUAAACUGAUAAAGACGGAGAAUUUUACCGGACUAAGAUAUUAACAUUAUCUCAUAUAAUCUCCACUUAAACAAGUGUAUCAAUUAACGUAAUAAACUUUCAGAACACUUCUA